AUGACAAAAGCAUUUGAGCCUAUCAAAAUUGGUCGUCAUCAGCUUCAACACCGUAUUGUGUUGGCCCCUUUGACUAGAUUCAGAGCAACUUUAGAACAAGCUGUGCCAACAGACUUAUUGAUUGAUUACUACUCACAAAGAGCCAGCCCUGGAGGUUUAUUGAUCACCGAGGCAACAUUCAUUGAUAGACUUGCUGGUGGUUACCGUCAGGCACCCGGUAUUUACACAAAGGAGCAAAUUGAAGGCUGGCGCAAAGUUACAGAUGCUGUUCACAAAAAGGGGACUGUCAUCUUUUUGCAAUUAUGGCAUUUAGGAAGAGCUGGAUCAUCCAAUUUGAAUCCUAACAAAGAGCAAAUUGUGUCUGCAUCCGCCAUUCCUAUCCCUGGUACAAAGCCCAAUGGAAAGCCUUAUGAGACUCCUCGUCCCCUCAAAAACUCAGAAGUGAAAGAGUUGGUCAAGACCUACCGUCAAGCUGCAACCAAUGCUAUCGAGGCUGGCUUUGAUGGCAUCGAAAUCCACAAUGCUAAUGGCUAUUUGUUGGAUCAAUUCGUCAAUUCCAGCACAAACAAGAGAACUGAUGAAUAUGGUGGAUCCACCGAGAAUCGUGGUCGCCUCACACUUGAGAUUGUAGAUGCUAUUGUAGAUGCUAUUGGCGCUGAUCGUACAGCUAUUCGAUUCUCUCCUAAUGGCUCUGUUCAAGGCAUGAAGGACGAAGAUCCCGUCAAGACUUGGGGUUAUUUGACCACGCAACUUCAAAUCAACCAUCCUGAUUUGGCUUAUCUCCAUUUUAUUGAAGCUCGCUCUGAUUUCAGCGUUGAUGGCAAGGUAAACACUGUUGAUACACUUGAGCCGUAUCGUCGCUUGUGGAAGGGGCCCUUCAUUACUGCCGGUGGAUUCUCUACUGCCAUCAAGCAUUCUGUUGAUCUCGCCGAGAAGACUGGCAAUUUGAUUGCUUUUGGCCGUGCUUUCAUUGCAAACCCUGAUCUGCCAGAGAGAAUUAGAAGCGAAUAUGACCUCAACAAGUACAAUAGAAAGACUUUUUACACCCAUGAUGCAAUUGGAUACACUGACUAUCCUUUCCAUGGCGAAAAGAGCAGUAGACUUUAA